AUGGCCCUAUCUGGAUUUAGUGAUUUUGAUGAACUGUCAUCUUGUGAGACACUUUUGUAUCACAAUGGCCUAUCAGCGAUCAGUUUUACCCAUGUUUUUGAUAGGAAGAAAAUUGAUUCUUGCUUUCAGUCACUACAUACUUCAGACGUUCCAAGCAGCAAAACAUGCUCACCAGUUAUUAUAGACGGCGAAAAAAGUGUUUCGUCAAAUUCUAGACUUGUCCUCCCACCCAGCAAGCCAAGUUUUCAUCUUAAUCAUGAGGACCGACCAAUGUUAGCGGAAUCUUUUUUAUCACCUGAUGCUCAUCCUGUGGCUGUUCGUAAACUCCGAGGUCGACGAAGACGUGGGAAGCAAAAUUUGUUGAAUUGUUCAUCCAUUUCACCACUUCGGUUAGAUCAAUCAGGAUUACUUCAAACGUCAAGUAUUGAAAUAAUUGAAUAG